AACAAUAAUGAUGUGUAUUCGAGUGAAAUAGGGGAAAUGGCUAAGGGAGAGGGAAAAUGUCGGGGAAAUUUAUAUUUUGCUGCCGAUUGAUAGAUUGAAGCUCAAACAUACGAAAAAACGUACCUAUUAGGCCAAAAAUGUGAGAGCAUGCAUGAUUAGCUACAUGAACUAGAUGAAUAGAGCAAGACUAGAGGCUGAGGCAAAAGUUUUUUUUUAUGCAGCAUCAACUUGAUAAGCAAACAGCAACAUUAUUUAUUAGGUAAAUGUCCUCAACCAAACAUCCAUAAACAAGGAAGGGAUCAAGCUAGCUAGCUAGCUUACUAUACAUAGUAUACACAAGGCCAUGUGACAAUGGCACUGGCUCUGGCAGUACCCAUGAGCAAAGCUAGUAGAGUGAGGACUCCACUCAAAGAUGUCACAGCAUUUGUGAAGAGGGUUAGAAGCAUACUAAAAAAGAAGGAGUCUACUCUGGGCAUAAGCAUAUCUGAAGUAUACCUUGGAGGGUCCCUGGGGCAAGAGACAAGUCUGCCUGCACACUUUGAUGUUGAUCUAUGCAUCUAUUCACCAAGUCUGCAUCCGAGCACGAAAGAGGUAUCUGAGGAACAGUACAAAUUCAUACUGGGCAGAACAAUCAAGUGCCUAAGGCACUCCAUUACUGACAUAAAGAACAUUGAGAGGUUGUACCACGGCUGGCGUUUCGAGACCUCUAACCUGAACAUUGAUUUACAACUCAGUCCUCAAUGGAAGAAACAAAACUUGGAGGAUUUGUACGACUACCUCAAAGGAAUGCAUCCAAAGAGGAGGAAUUUGUUUUGCUGUGGACUGUUCAAGUAUCAGACAAUGCUAGUAAAAUCACAACCACAACAAGUAAAAACACUUAUAAAAAGAUUCAAGGCAUGGAGAAACAGAACAUGGGACAAGCAGAAAAACGGCUGCCCUAAAUCCUACCUACUGUCUAUGCUCGUACUGAUAUCCUACGAACAUGCACCUGCUGAGUUAGCACAGGCAGAAUCACUAGAAGAACUGGCAAAAUGGAUGACCAAGGAUAUCAAGAAGCUGGUCGAGAGUAUUGCUAUAAAUCAAGACCUAGACAUUCACGUCCCCGGGGAGAACCCUGUGAUUAUGGAGAAGUACGGUCACUACCUACCCGAGAAGCCACGCAUCAUCGACCCAUCCAACCCUUACAAGAACCUCUACAAACAUGGGGUCUGUCAAAUUGAGCCACAGAAGAAAGAUUCGUUUCCCAAGAGAUGGCAGUUGUUUCUCAGAGAGAUCCAUAACUUAGAUCUGACUGUUGACUUUUGAUCAUUCAUCCUUGUGUAUAUUAUUUGCUUUGUACAAAAAUUUGAAUCAUUCUUUUAAGGGUAUAA